AUGACCGCGGACCACAGGUCUCACUGGGCCAUCAGGACCACAGGUCUCAUUGGGGCCACCAGGACCACAGGUGUCACUGGGAGCACCAGGACCACAGGUCUCAUUGGGCCACCAGGACCACAGGCCCCCCUGGGCCACCAGGACCACAGGUCUCACUGGGCCAUCAGGACCACAGGUCUCAUUGGGGCCACCAGGACCACAGGUGUCACUGGGAGCACCAGGACCACAGGUCUCAUUGGGCCACCAGGACCACAGGCCCCCCUGGGCCACCAGGACCACAGGUCUCACUGGGCCAUCAGGACCACAGGUCUCAUUGGGGCCACCAGGACCACAGGUGUCACUGGGAGCACCAGGACCACAGGUCUCAUUGGGCCACCAGGACCACAGGCCCCCCUGGGCCACCAGGACCACAGGUCUCACUGGGCCAUCAGGACCACAGGUCUCAUUGGGGCCACCAGGACCACAGGUGUCACUGGGAGCACCAGGACCACAGGUCUCAUUGGGCCACCAGGACCACAGGCCCCCCUGGGCCACCAGGACCACAGGUCUCACUGGGCCAUCAGGACCACAGGUCUCAUUGGGGCCACCAGGACCACAGGUGUCACUGGGAGCACCAGGACCACAGGUCUCAUUGGGCCACCAGGACCACAGGCCCCCCUGGGCCACCAGGACCACAGGUCUCACUGGGCCAUCAGGACCACAGGUCUCAUUGGGGCCACCAGGACCACAGGUGUCACUGGGAGCACCAGGACCACAGGUCUCAUUGGGCCACCAGGACCACAGGCCCCCCUGGGCCACCAGGACCACAGGUCUCACUGGGCCAUCAGGACCACAGGUCUCAUUGGGGCCACCAGGACCACAGGUGUCACUGGGAGCACCAGGACCACAGGUCUCAUUGGGCCACCAGGACCACAGGCCCCCCUGGGCCACCAGGACCACAAGUCUCACUGGGCCAGCAGGACCACAGGGCCACCAGGACCAUAAGGGCCACCAGGCUCACAAGGGCUACCAGGAUCACCAGGCAGCGGCCACCAAGGCCACCAGGUCCUCCAGGACCUCCGGAGGCCACCCGGCUCUCCAGGGUCCCUCAGCAUCCAGUGA